CGGCCUGCGUGCUGUACCGAGCGCCUUGCCUGGUGCGUCUCACUCCACUCUGCUCUUCCGCACAAAAACCUCCCAGAAACUCUUGCUCCUGUUCUUGGCCUCUCGUUCCGUUGGUGAAGAUAUCACAGUGAUGUCUGCAUUCAACCUGCUGCACUUGGUGACGAAGAGCCAGCCAGUCGCCCUGCGAGCCUGCGGGCUCCCCUCAGGGUCAUGUAGGGAUAAAAAGAACUGUAAGGUGGUCUUCUCCCAGCAGGAGCUGAGGAAGCGGCUCACACCCCUGCAGUACCAUGUCACUCAGGAGAAAGGAACUGAAAGUGCCUUUGAAGGAGAAUACACACAUCACAAAGAUCCUGGAAUAUAUAAGUGUGUUGUUUGUGGAACUCCAUUGUUCAAAUCAGAAACCAAAUUUGACUCCGGUUCAGGCUGGCCCUCGUUCCACGAUGUGAUCAGUUCUGAGGCAAUCACAUUUACAGAUGACUUUUCCUAUGGGAUGCACAGGGUGGAAACGAGCUGCUCUCAGUGCGGAGCUCACCUUGGGCACAUUUUUGACGACGGACCUCGCCCGACCGGCAAAAGAUACUGCAUAAAUUCGGCCUCCUUGUCUUUCAUACCCGCAGACGACGGCAGCGGCGCGAAAGGAGCCGGUGAGGCCAGCGGCCCGGCCCAGGCGGACAAAGCCGCGCUGUAGCGUAACGGAGCGCAGUGGAAACGAAGUGGACUUAAUGCACAGCUUACCAGAAAAUACCAAAAUUGUUUAUCUUCAUAGAUCUAUUUUUUUCAAAAACUGUAAGGGAAGUGUUGAGCUAGGAUAUUUUUUCUGCUUUUGCUUAAACAGAGGCUCUCUCUGCCCAUCCAUGUAUUUUGCUAUUGACUAGAUUCAAAACGGUGUACAGCUUUUGCAAGGGGAGUUAGCUUUGUGAAAGUUCUUCACAAGCCCCUUCGGCACUCCUUGGUGUUAUUUUCCUUGAGCACCCACCUGCUUUUGAGUUUUGCUGUUGUUUUCCCCUUCAUUAAGAAGCAGAGGGUGCCUGUUCUUCGGAGGUUAAGGGUGAGAUCUCCUGCUCAGGGUAGGGGCCAGCGCUGGGCAGUGCAGGACCUUGACACAUGGCCUAUGGCACUGCACAUAUCUACCUAAGAGGAAGACUGAUGUCUUACGAGACUUCUCAGCUCUGUGGAAAGUUUGAGCUAAGGUUGUUUUCUUCUCCUGAAAGAGUGCGAAUGUCUAAAAUCUUUCCUUAUGUUAGAUUGUUGCCAGAUCUGAGGGGUGCGCUGAGAAUCACGGCAGAGAAACAUUACCUCACGGUCGGGUCCACAUUUUGUUUUAUUUUCCAUUGAGAACGUUGGAAUGUAAGACAACUGUAAGAUUUGAGCCUCAUUUUGUCUAAAGUUCAGGAGGAAGAACACCUGCCCGUGGCCUUUCUGUAAGACCUUCUCUUGACACCUAAUGCCAGCCGCAACUAGAAGGGCAUUUGAGUCAGUUCCUCUGCAUCAAGUAAAAUGCUGGGGACAGUACACCUCAUCAAGUCACCAAAGGUGAGAGGGGAAGGUAGAGAAGACCAAGGAUGAAGUCCUGAGUACUGAAACUUCCAGUGCCGGGCGGCAAAGCUGACAGGGCCCGGCAAGUCCCAGAACCCAGAGCGGAGAUCUCAUGACGGAGCUUCAGUUGACCUCUGGGAAGAUGUUGGGGAUUCACACGGAAAUAACCAGGGCCAGCUUCCACACUGGACACCCAUCUGCUGUGUGACCAGGGAUAAGCCAUGUAGCCUCUCUGUGCCUAUUUCUUCAUGUAUAAACUGGGACUUACGAUAUUUGCAAAAUGUAUCGUCACUCUCAGGGCAAACUUACUCUACUGCUAUACAACUAAGAUCAGUGUUGUAAGCUUAAACUGAUCUGCUUCUAAUUGCUACAAAGGCCAAAGCCCAGGCAUCUGAAGUAGAAAACACAGAGGCUGUAUUAGCUGAUUGAUAUGGAGACGGUUGGGCCAAGAGCCAGCACUUUUUCUGUGUAGCAGUAUGGCUGGUUUUACUUGGAGAAGCUCUGUUCGGUUGCUGUAGAACUUCCAGCCUGGUAGAAGAGGUGUCGGUGUGAGCAGUAGGGUUUUCACAGGUAUGAACGGUGGUGAUACAAGCUGAUGUUGCUGUAGCCAGCUGUGAAGGCGUGGCUUGUGGCUGAUACAGUUGUAUUUAUAACUUUGAAUGCUAAUCUUAAAAUCCACAUUUUUAAAAAUAUUACUUUUCUAAAUCUUUGAUAGUUUGUGAAGACUCUUUCCUUGUAAGCACCAAGACAAGAACAAGAAAGAAGGACACUGGGCAGUGAGAAAGGCAUUGUGGGAAAUGAGAGUGAGAGGUGACAAAUCAAAGAGUGGGAGUGGUCUGCGUGAUUCAUCCCUCUUCAGACACCUCGGGGACAGCGUGACACCUAAAAGCUCUUCACUGCUCGCUGGCUGUGGCUUUAAAACCCUGGAGGAGUCACAGUCUUAUUUAGAAGCUCCCUCAGCUCCAUCGUAGAUGUUUUACCCCAGAUCCCAGGGUCACUUUGGGAUUUGCAGGCCUCAUUACCCUCUAGAAAUAAGGUGUAAAAUUUACAACCAGACUGGCCAUCAGCAUCCAGACUGUCCUAAAAGUCUGUCCCAACUUCACACGCUGCAUCCAGCACGUCUUAACCACUCCAGCUCCUGAGACACUGGGUAUAAGCCACCGUCUUGAGGCAGAUAAGGGGGAUGCGCAAAGGCUGGCUUCUCACAUCCCAGAGAUUCUGUAUUGUGAUUGUUCCUUCAUUUUUGUAGGAGGAUUUAGCAUUUCUCUCAAAAAAAUGUAAAACUCACCCUCCCUUGCUAAGUUUUAGCCAGUUUUUCAAGGAAAGCCAAUUUUUCCAGCACCAACUUUAAGAAAGAUGCAGCAUCCUUUGAAUGAAAAAGAAGUGGGGUGUAUGCAUGUGGUUUGAUUCUAGAUUGCAUUUGGGUUUAAGUGGUAUCAAAUUUCAGUACAUUUCUGUCUUAUGUUCAAGAAAUAUAUUACUAAAACGUCAACGAGCAAUAAUGUCAGCUGUCAAGCACUAGAUUUAUUUUUGCAGGAUAUGGAGUGCAAUGAACUGAGUCAAUAUGGUGAGGUGUAUGUGAUCUGUGGGAGUUAUGCCAUUUAACAAGGCCAUGCAUAGGACUUUCCCUCCGCAUUCCAGCAUUACUGUACCAUUGGAAGACACGGAAUUUUACUGUUAUACAAAAAUGCAUCCAUAUAGCCAUACAGAUGGACCUGGAGAAUGCAGGAGUGUCUGUCAUAAUAAAGAGCAUUUCUAUCUAUUUAUACUUUUCACUUCUUAGAUACAUUUAAAUUCUUAAUGCAAACAGUGUAGCAAUUUGAAGACUUCUCCAUGCUAACUGUGUUUCAAAUGGCUUGCUUUAACUAUGAAAAAUGAUGAAAGUGAUUAUCACUUUAUUUGAAGGUCAAAUGUUACUCUUGACUUCAAUAGCUUUGUAAUAAUUUUUCUCCGGAGUUGAAACCUUUUGAAAAAUGACAUGAAACUUUCAUUAAGAGCUCUUUUCUUAUGUUUGUUGAAUAUAGAAAUUAUGUAAUAAAAUUUCUUUAUAAAUUUU